AUGACCUUGGCACAUGAUGCUUCGGCAUCAGGAGGGUUGAGGGUCUCUUCUGACGGUUCAACACCUCAGACCUCUGCUCAUCUUCAACCAUAUUAUUUGCCUCACCAUGGAGUUCUACGUCUCGACAGUUCAACAACGAAGCUCAGGGUUGUAUUCAACGGAUCAAAAGCUACGACAUCAGGCAAAUCAGUCAACGAUUUAAUGCAUACUGGUGCUAAUUUGCUCUUGAAUGUUACAGAUGUUCUAAUUUGGCUUCGCCAUUAUCACCACAUUUUUGCCACAGAUAUCACAAAAAUGUAUCGCCAGGUAGCAGUUCACAAGGAUGAUUGGGAUCUCCAGCGAAUCCUUUGGAUCGAUGAAGACCGCAAUGUCAUCCCUUACCAGAUCACAACUGUCACGUACGGUACAAAGGCGGCUCCCUUCCUGGCGACACGAGCACUCAUGCAACUUGUUCACGAUGAGGGUCAUCGAUUCCCUCUGGCAACGCCUUCGCUCACACAUGGCAGAUAUGUGGACGAUAUCGUUGGAGGAGCAGACUCAAUCUCGGAACAUGUGGAGGUCGCUCAUCAGCUGAUUGCAUUGUGCAACGCGGGCGGAUUUCCACUCGCAAAAUGGCAUGCGACUCACCCAGAUCUUCUACGGGCUGUUUCGUCAUCCACACAAUCGUCAGCUCCCAUAUCAUUUGACGACUGCACUACCAAAUUACUCGGUAUUCAAUGGAUGCCUCAAACUGACGCAUUCGGCUUCUCAUCAACUUUGACUGAUCAACCAAGUAAGUGUUCAAAACGCCUCGUAUUGUCCGAAGUGGCUCGGAUAUUUGAUCCAUUAGGUUUCGUCGCACCGGUAAUAGUACGAGCAAAAAUGCUAUUACAAGAACUCUGGCUACACAAAAUCAAUUGGGACGACCAAUUACCGUCUCAAAUUGUAUCACGAUGGUUCAUCAUCAGAGAAGAUCUCAAAGGUUUGGCCAAACUGACAAUUCCAAGAUGGUUCAACACAUGGAACAAUUCAACUGUAGAAAUUCAUGGAUUCUCUGAUGCUUCUCAACUUGCCAUGGCAGCAGUGAUUUACAUCACUGUCAGCUCUCCGUCCAACGACUCAAUGACGUCACUUGUCUGCUCUAAGACAAAAGUUGCACCACUGAAGAGGCUCACAAUACCCAGAUUGGAGUUGUCGGCCGCACUCCUACUGGCAAAACUCACAAAAUAUGUUCAAUCAACGCUCAAGGUGAAGAUCAAUGCAACGCACCUGUGGACGGACUCUCAAGUUUCGCUCAUAUGGAUCAUAUCGCAAGCAUCACGUUGGAAGGAUUAUGUUCGGAACAGAGUCAUUCAGAUCCAAGAACUCACUCCAAAUGCGCAUUGGAGGCAUGUUCCAGGUACUUCUAAUCCAGCCGACUGUGCUUCCCGAGGCAUUUCGACAGAUCAACUUCAACGAUUCGAGCUUUGGUGGAAAGGUCCUCCACCUUGGCUCGAUUGA